AUGCCCACCGAAGAAGACAACUCCCGCCCCACCGAUGCGCCCCGCGUCGACACAAUCUCUCGCGACGACGCCCUCCGCGCCGAACUCGCGGGCGUCCGCAAGAUCAAUAGUGUAAUCGAGGGCGUCGUCGCAUCCCUUGACAAGGCCAAAGACAACAUGGAGACCGUCUCGCAAACAGUCGCAAACGCAAACACACUCCUCGACCUGUGGAUCCGCAUCCUCUCGCAAACAGAGCACACGCAGCGACUCCUCCUAUCCGGCCACUGGCAGGGCGCAACGCAGGACCUCGACGACAUCGAGGCGGAGGCGGUGAAUAAGGCGCAGGAAGCAGAGCGCCGCAGGGAGGCCGAGCGCGAGAGGAUAGCGGAGCGCGAGAGGGCCGCGGCGGAGGCGGAGGCAAGGAGAAAUGCGGCGGAGAAGAAGCCGCCACCGACGAGAGGCACGAGAGGGUUGAGGAGGACGGCGAGGACUACACCAUCGGUCGCGGGGUCUUCGAGAGGUGGCUCGAGGAUUGCGGCGCCGCCGCCGAUGGCGAGGGGGGCGCCGGCGUCGAGGACGACGAGGGGGGCGGGGGGCGGGAGGGGGAUUGGUGGCAUUGGGAGGGGGAGGGUUGCGUAG